CUUCAACCUCAAAAUUGGAAAAUCAUCAAGUACGCUUCUACAUAAAAUAUAAAAUAGUAUGCGUCGGCGUUUCUGUUUACAUCGCGAAGAUUUUGCUCGUUUAAAUCUUUACAUUUGUACUUCUCCGGAGCAAACUAAAUUUGAAUCUACCGGAACCAUUGGCGGAAGUGCCUAUGGGGCAGAAAAUGGGCGACGAUGCAUCGAUGGGUUUCGACCGGACAAAGGGUUCCAGUCUUGUAACCAUGAAGCUUGUUACUUGAGGGAAAAGUCCCCAAUCUGUUCAGGACAAGAAAAAUUCUGCGGAAACAUUCUGCGUUCGCAAUGUCCGGGUGCUGAAAAGGGAUCCGUAAAGCCCGAGCUGUUGCCAUCAGUUGAAGUGCCGCCACUGUUCCAAGACUCGUUUUAAAACUUGUAUGCAAGUUUAAAGCUUGAAGACUUUUUCGUUGAGUGGCAGCACCGUAAACAAACGUGUCAAUGUCCCAGACUACUUAUUCGAAAAUCUAUUUAGCCGGGUAUCUUGAUAGAAUAUAAUAUCUUUGGUUAUAGUUUAUCCAGCUCAUAUUACAUCAAAAGCUAUUCAGCUUGAAUUUUAUGUUGUUGAUGACACUUUCAAGUUCCAAUGCAAAAUUUAUGAGAAAUUCUAUGAGCCUCUCAAAACUACCUGGGAUGAGGAAAACA